UUUCCCUUGAUCAGAAGAGGAGCAAGAAGAUGACGCAUAUAAAAGCUCAACAAUGGCGUAUACAAACUUUCUCCACCAUGGAUGUGACUGAAAAACAAAGCUUUUGCUUAGAUUUCGAUUAUCAGAAGAGAUAGAUGAUGAAUAACAUGAAUGCAAAAUGUGAUUCUGACGUCAAAUGUGAGAUGAUGAACUGAGGGCUGGAAUUAGUGCUUCAAAUUGAAGUUGGCUUGUUUGUUAAUUGGAAUAAGAGUUACUGUAACCAGAGGUUGGGUUGCUUACCAUGUCUAUUCAAAAGGCUUCUUCAGGAUAAAAACCUCAACCAAGCAAGCACUCCACAUCAAAAAUGGCAUCUUGGAAUUUAGUCCCACUUCAUGUGUCAUAUGAAGUUUUGGGAUGGCUGACUUUUAUUUGCUGGUCUGUCAGUUUCUACCCACAAGUUAUCCUAAAUUAUCACAGAAAAAGUGUUGUUGGAUUGAACUUUGAUUUUGUGGUGUUGAAUCUCACUAAGCACACAUCCUAUUUGUUAUACAAUGCAUCUUUAUACUUCAGCUCUACUAUUCAGAAGCAGUACAGAGACAAGUAUGGUCAAAAAGAGAUGAUACCUGUAGCAGCAAAUGAUGUUGCUUUCUCAUCUCACGCUGUUUUGCUCACCACUCUUACCUUAUUCCAAAUUACCAUCUAUGAACAUGGAAAUCAGAAAGUGUCUAAAAUAGCUUAUGGAAUUGUGGUUGCCGCGUGGUUGAUCGGUGUAAUCUGCUUCUUCAUAACUUUAUCUACACACCAUUGGCUCUGGCUUCUCUCCAUAUUCAAUGGCAUUCAAGUUUGUAUGACGACGAUAAAAUAUAUUCCCCAGGCUAUGAUGAACUUUAUAAGAAAAAGUACAAUAGGCUGGAGCAUUGAGAACAUCCAACUUGAUUUUUCUGGAAGCAUUGGAAACUAUGCUCAAAUGGUUAUGCAAUCGAUAGAUCAAGGUUCUUGGGUGAACUUAUAUGGAAAUAUAGGAAAAGUAAUGCUAUCUCUGGUUUCUUUAUUCUUUGACAUUAUGUUCAUGAUCCAACAUUAUGUGCUGUAUCGACACGAAAAAGGCCCAAACUCAAAGACUCCUCUUGAAGUUGAGAUUGCCAAGUCUAUUGAUAGACCAAUGGAGUUAUUAUUAAAGGAUGUGGAGAUAGAAGAAAUUGAGGAGUGGUCUAUGGUGCCAUAACACAAGCAUUGUGAUGCCGUAGCUCAAUAGCAAGAAAACAAUGAUGAUGUUCUUUGGUUUUGUAGUACUAGAUAUAAAUGCAUAGCCUUACUUAUACACAAAUUUUGAGGAUUUCUUCCAUAUAAUUAGAGCAUUUUCUUCAUUUUGCUCAUUCUUGACUUGAGAGGAGGCUUGGGGCUCAAAUGAAGGUAAAUUAAAUUAAGGCUUGGGAAUGUAAAAAAUUGGCAACACGAAUAGAAAUUGGGUAUUGAUUACUAGUUUCCUCUUUCUUUUUUCUUCACUCCUAUAUCUUUUAUUUUAUGUUUGGUUGGCUCUGUAUUUCGUUCAUCUGAAUGUUUAAUUUAUGUAGCAAAACCUUUGCUUUAGGUUG